GAGGGGCAGAGCGGCGCGCCGGAAGUGGGCGGGGCCUGCACAGCCAAGAUGGCGGCGGACACGGAGGGGCUGGAGCUCCGCCUGCGGCUGCCGCUCCCCUCCCCCCACGUGGCUCACGUGGCUCUGGGCUCCCUGCGGCCUGACCUGAACCCCCCCCACGGAGGGGGAGGGGCGAGGGCGGAGCUAGAGCGCGAGGGGGCGGAGCUUCACGCGCGCUGGGUGGCCCCUGGGGCACGUGGUCUCCGGGGCGGGGUCACGACCUUCCUGGAGCUGCUGGGAUUGGUCCUGGAAACCAUUGAGCGCUUCGGGGGGGAGGGGCCUGACCCCGCCCCGCCCCUCCCCCCACAGAGCUGAUUUGGGGCAAAACGAGGCCGUUUCGGGUCUGUGACCCCCCCUCCCCCCCCAAUAAAGACACAAA